GCCUGGAGGACUUCUACAUCAAAAUGCAUCCUCAUGGCGCACCUUGUUCUCACAAUCAGUUUCUGUUUCUUCAGUUGUAUGGGCUAUACCUCUUUUCCGCCGACGGACUGCGAGGAGUGUGGCAAACGAUUUGCAUCGGCUUUUCAGCUCCGAGAGCACAUAUCUAUUCAGCAUCUGAAGGAACGCAACUUUAUUUGUGAGGAAUGUGGUCAGAAAUUCGGUCGAAGAGGAGGGCUGAGGCGCCAUGUGCAAAUGGUCCAUCAGAAUCAUCUUCAUAUGUGUCCAUAUGAGGGAUGUGGUCAUCCUGGUUACAAAUGUAGCAAGGCACUGACAGCCCACAUACGUUCCGUUCACACGAACGUACGACCGUACGUUUGCGAUACAUGUGGGAAGGCGUUCGUCCGUCGUAAUGAUCUGAAGAUGCACACCUUGACUCACACAUCUGAAACAGCUUUCCAGUAA